CAUAUUUCUUCAACACUUCCAACCCAGUCACCUGGCCUUGUUCUCCAUGCCCAGAAACACAAAAAAAGAACAAAAAUGGAGUACUACAAAGAGUACAUUUUUUGGCUCAUUUUGGCCAUGAAGAUCUUCCUAGCACAUGCUAAAGUCCCAGCCUUGAUAGUAUUUGGAGACUCUUCAGUUGAUGCUGGUAAUAACAACCACAUUUCCACGGUGCUCAAGAGCAAUUUUGAGCCGUAUGGCCGUGAUUUCUACGGUGGUUUGCCGACCGGAAGGUUCUGCAAUGGUCGAAUACCUACUGAUUUCAUGUCUGAGGCUUUUGGGCUGAGGCCAUUUGUGCCUGCUUACUUGGAUCCAAGUUAUAAUAUCGCUGAUUUUGCUCAAGGAGUUUGCUUUGCUUCUGCUGGUACUGGAUAUGACAAUAAAACCUCUGAUGUGCUUAAUGUAAUACCUCUUUGGAAGGAAGUGGAGUAUUUCAAGGACUAUCAAAAGAAACUCAAAGCCUAUUUAGGAACAGCAAAAGCCAACUUCAUUAUUCGUGAGGCUUUGUACGUGAUCAGCGUAGGAACAAAUGAUUUCUUGGAAAAUUAUUAUACAUUGCCACACAGAAGAUCCCAAUACAACGUUGAUCAGUACCAAGCGUUUCUUCUUGGAAUAGCAGAAAAGUUUACCUUAGAUUUGUAUCAAUUGGGAGCAAGGAAAAUAGUCUUAACUGGACUUCCUCCAAUGGGAUGUCUUCCUUUGGAAAGAACCACAAAUUAUUUUGGUGGAAAUGGAAAUGAAUGCAUAAAAAGUUACAAUGUUGUGGCUCUAAACUUCAAUGGGAAGUUGAAUGGUUUGGUCCAAAAGCUUAAUGGGGAGCUUACUGGCAUCAGAGCAGUCUUGUCCAAUCCUUACAACACUCUUCUACAAAUGAUUCAGAAACCAUCUGCUUUUGGGUUUGAAAGUGCAGCAGUAGCCUGUUGUGCCACAGGACUGUUUGAGAUGGGAUACUUAUGUCAUCGUUUGAAUCCAUUUACGUGUCCGGAUGCAAAUAAGUACGUGUUCUGGGAUUCUUUCCAUCCAACAGAGAAAACUAAUCGGAUCAUCUCCGACUACGUGAUUAAACAUGUAGUAAAUGUGUUUUUGUAGGCCUAAUUAAUUAAAUUUUUAUCUAUUGAUUCUAUGUUUUCUGAUUAUGUAAAAUUUAUAUAUAUUGAUUGUUACCACUCACCAGGAUGUAAUAGGACAUUGUUGCACUGCCCAGUAUUCUCUUGCAAGUAUGUUGAAAUUAUUGUUUUAUCUAUU